AUGCCCAUUACUCAGGAGAACGCCCUGAGCCACCUCCCUCUGCUGGAGGGCUGGCUGGGGGCGGAGUCAGUGGAGAAUGGGACGGAGGCCUCACAGGAGCGGGCGGAGCCCCAACGGACAGGGGGCGUGGCUUUGUGUCAGGCGGCCAUCCGAAAACUGGUGGAGUACAUCCAGCUGAACUUCACGGAGGGGGGGGGCACCCCGGCCCCGGCCCGGGACAGUGCAGAUGUUGAGGUGCGCUCGGUCUGUCUGUGCAGGCAGGAGGGCGACGGGGACCAGCUGGGACUCAGCUUUGGCAACAUACCCAUCUUCGGGGACCCCGAGGGCCGGCGGGGCGGGGGCCGCAGGCGCCGGACGAAGGGCCCCCGGGGGCCCGUGCUGGAGGUGGGGUGUAUCUGGGUCACAGAGGUGCGGAAGAGGAGCCCCGCCGCACGCUGUGGGGAGAUCAAGCUCCGCGACGAGCUCCUGUCACUCAAUGGCCAGCUGAUGGUGGGCGUCGACGUCACCGGAGCCAGUUACCUGGCUGACCAGUGCUGGAAUGGCGGAUGCAUCUACCUGAUCAUGCUGCGGAGGAUCAAGCGCAAAGCGCCCCUCCCUCCCUGCAACGGCAGCCUCGUUAGCCUCAUUAGCGGGGGCGGCGCUAACGAGCGGAGGCCCAGCGACCCGCCGGAGCCCCCGGGGGGAGGGAGCCCGGCGCAGAACGGGAAACGCACGCGGAAGUUCGGGGUGAUCUCGCGCUCCUCGUUCACCCGAGACAGUCGGGACAGUCAGGAACAGGAGCAGGAGAAUGGAUAUGACUCCUCCCCCCUGGAGGCCACGCCCACGGACGAGGAGGGGCCACCCGCUGCUGCCCCGCCCAGGACGGUCCCACCCCACAUGCAGAACGGGAGGCACGCCUGCACCCUCCCCAAACGCCCACCACCAUGUCUCUCUGAGAGCAGCAAGUCUGAGUCUGUGAGCAGCGAGCCCCCCAGUCAGCAGAGGGAGGGAAGUCGGAUUUGGAAGAUGCACAUGGUGAAGGGGCAGGACGGCCUAGGGAUCCAGAUCACAGGAGGCCGCGGGUCCAAGAGGUCCCCCCACGGCAUCAUCGUGGCCCAUGUGGAGGAGGGUGGAGCCACACAGAGGGACGGCAGGCUGAAGGCGGGGGACGAGCUGCUGAUGAUUAACGGGCGGUCGCUGGUGGGGCUGUCUCACCAGGAGGCUGUGGCCAUCCUCCGCUCCUCUGCUGGGCUGGUGCAGCUGGUGGUGGCCAGCAGGGAGGAGUCGGAGGUGGAUUUUCACAAGUAUCCGUCCACAAGUCUGCCGGACUUGGUAAGCACGUGCUCCUCCCAGGGCCUGUCGCCACCAUCUCCAAUCGAGGACCAGGAGAACAUGGAGCCGGCCGGGGAGGACGUGACCGAGAGCGGCCUCUCUCUGCCCACCCAGGGAUCAUUCACGGAGCUGGAUAAACUGGAAGAUCGAGGGCGGAUGGAGGGAUCGAAAGGAUGCUGUCGCAGCCCGACGCCCAUGAAAUUCCGAAGUCGUUCCCAAGGUGGGGGGAGCCGCUUGGAGUCAGUGGGGGAGGACGACGAGCUGAUCGUGGAGAACGGAGACGCCGGCAGUGAAACUUCUGAGAAGCCAUCGAGGGGCGGCCGCAAACACUCCCUGCCACAGCAACUCGACACAACGAGCAUCCGACAGGAAUACCAGAUCGUUAAGAAAUCGGCUCGAUCCCUCAGCACGGUUCAAGUGGAGUCUCCAUGGCGACUGGCCCAACCGUCCAUUAUCUCCAACAUCGUGUUAAUGAAAGGACAGGGCAAGGGCCUGGGGUUUAGUAUUGUUGGCGGCCAGGACUCGGCCCGUGGAAGAAUGGGAAUUUUCGUCAAGACUAUUUUCCCCACCGGAGCAGCUGCAGCCGACGGGCGCUUGAAAGAGGGGGAUGAGAUCCUGGAGGUGAACGGAGAGUCACUUCAGGGCCUCACUCACCAGCAGGCCAUCCAGACCUUCAAGCAACUGAAGAAGGGCGUGGUGACCCUGACGGUGCGGACGCGGCUCCGUAGCCCGAGCCUGACGCCCUGCCCCACCCCCACCCUCCUGAGCCGCUCCAGCUCGCCCAACUCCAACACCAGCGGGGGCACGCUCCUCCCGCCCUCGCCCCUCGACGAGGGCGACGCAGCCAACCGCCGUGGCCCGGGACCCAAGGACCGCAUCAUCAUGGAGGUCACGCUCAACAAAGAGCCGGGGGUAGGGUUGGGAAUCGGGGCGUGUUGCCUCGCGUUGGAGAACAGCGCUCCUGGGAUCUACAUCCACAGUCUCGCCCCGGGCUCUGUGGCUAAGAUGGAUGGCAGACUGAGCCGUGGUGACCAGGUUUUGGAGGUGGAGUCCGUGAGCCUUCGCCACGUGGCGCUGAGUGAGGCCUACGCCAUCCUGAGCGAGUGUGGCCCCGGCCCAGUCAGCCUCAUCAUCAGCAGGCACCCCAAUGCUAAGGUUUCGGAGCAGGAGAUGGAUGAAGUGAUCUCUCGCACCACACACCGAGAGGGCAGGGAGGGACAGACAUCUCACGUGCUGGGACUGCCUUCCAAGAGCCCCUCCCCCUCUGUGAAGUCCAGGCAGGGGGAGGGAGCCUCUCUCAGCUGGACCAUGAAGAGGUUCCUGGAGCCAGCCAGCAGGCAGGGCUCCUUGAGCUCGGAGGCGGAGCUAUCCCAGUACUUCCUGCCCGACGGCCCCAGUCCUUCCUCCUUCUCUGAAACCAUGGCGAUGGUCUCCACCAACGACGAUCUCCUCCAUCUCAGGAGCUGCAGCGCCUCCCUGGACCAGUCCGGAGCUCAACCUCACGUGUUGAAGGGUGUGGAUGUCCCCCCUCUGUGUUCGGGGGACAGUGGGGGGAAGGUUCCGGGCCCUGUCAGCCGUCCCCUGGAGUCAGUCCGGCAGACCAGUGUGAGCAGUGACUCCAGAUCGAUCCGGAGCCCGCUGCUACGGCAACGGCGCGUGGUCUGCUACGAGGACGAGGCCAGCGACGAGGAGGAAGACCUGCCGCUCCCAGAGCGCGACGGCGCCCCCUACCGGAGACCUCCGGAGCUCCCGCGGAGACUCGCCCAGGACGAUUCGGGGAUAGUCAUGACCACGCCGUCGGUGGAGGUGGACGAGGACAGUCUGCGGAGAAACCCCAGCAGCGACGCCCCAACGCCGUUCUACAACAGCUCCGGCGAAUCAGAGGACGGCCCUCCCCCAGAGCCCCUCCCCCCGGGGGCGGAGUCUCCCUUCAUGCCCAUUCGGGGUUUGGAGCUGGACGGCGGCGUGUCUAACGGCGGGCUAGCGGUACGGAAUGACGGGCAUCGCGACGAGCCGAAGCGCUCCCCGAAGCUGGAGCACAAGGCCGUGACCCGCGUGAAGAGCAUGAUGAGCAUCGAGUGUCCCAACCACACCCCCGCGCCCCGCCCCAAGGGCGAGGACCCGCCCUCUCACCUGCCUCUCGCAAGGCCCCGCCCCCCGGCCUACUGCAAGAGGGCGGAGCCCAGCGAGCUGGCCGGCGUCUGCACCAUAGAAACCGUGGUGCUCACCAGAGCCCAGGAUGAGAGUUUCGGCCUGGACCUGGAGAUCAAGUCCUCCCCCCUGAAGGUGCUGAUCACUGGGCUCAGACCAGGGGGGGCCGCUGACAGGGAAUCCAUGGGGAAGCUGUGCAUCGGUGACGAGAUCGUGGCGAUUGGUGAUACCCUGGUGUGCACCUCAUCCUACCAGGAGAUCUGUGACCUCAUGCACAAUCUCCCGGUCACACUCACCUUAGAGAUUCAGAAGCCCGUCUCAGCUGUAGACCGGCUGUCUUGUCUGAUGAUGUCAUCGGGCAAUGAAGGACACUCCAAGAUGGAUUCCUUUAGAAACACCCCGGAGGUGAACGGUGACAGCCUCGAGAGGAAGGAUGCAGCGAAUCGAGGAAAUUCCACCUCAGAGACCAAUUCAAAACAUCCUUUUCACACUGACUGCAAGCGUGAGGUGCCUGUCACUAAUAUUGACGACAUUAUAUCUGAACUGAGCUCCUCAUCAGACAAACUGAAAAGUGAGAACACAAACUCUAGUUUGACUGCACACAGCAACGAGAACUGUUCGGCCCAGGAGCCUCUGGUGCGGCCUAACGUUUUGGAUUUUUCGGUUUUGGAUGGUGGGAAUACAGGUGGUCUGCUCUUGCUCACCGGUAAAACGUUCCUGCACAGCUACUCCAGGAACUUUGGGAAUAUGAGCGAGGAAGCGGCUAGCAUUCAGAAUGGACCCACAGAGGAGAAAGGGGGUGGGGCUUCAGGGUGCAUGUACAGCACGGUGGACGACAGCGAUUCUGAAAGUGACUCCGCCUCAGAGAAGCUCCGCCACUUGGCCAGUUCAGCAAGCUCUGGUCUGGCCCAGUGUGCUGAGCCACCGGAGAUGGACUCGGAGGAGGAAGUAGAGAUCUGUUACAGUGAAAACCACAACUCCACCCAGCAGGCAGAGGACUGUACAGAAAAAGAAGGUUCUGGAGCAUUAUCGCCUCCCUCUGAUGUCACAAACUCGCUGAAUGUGAAGAAAGGGGCCUUUGAUUUGUGUCAGGAAGUAUUUCUCCUCUCUCCUCCAAACAUUGAACCCUUGAACCCAACCUCCCACUGUCAGACAGAUGAAGAACUGACUGUGAAUCAUUUUGAAUCUCUGGAACCUCAGCAUCCAUCUUGUACCAAUAAACACAGCCCUGAAGAAGCUAACCAAUCGCAGACCUCAUCUGAGGUGCCUCUUGUACCAUGUCCUCAGUCCACUGGUAACCUACUCAUGUCUGAAAGCACUAACCCCACAAGUGGAGAGAAAAUUGGGUGCCAGUCUUCCAGCAAUGCCAUACCACCUAACAGUGUUGAGACAUCAGUCCAGCAUAGUAACACUGCAACCAGGUCAUGUGACAUGGUUGUGGUCACUAGCCAGGAGUCUUCCAGCUGUAACAUACCCCCUAACAGUGUUGAAAUGACUGACCACCACCACAACAUCACAGCUUGGUCAUGUGACAAAGUUGUAACCACUAGCAAAGCUAGCCAGGCUCCAUUGAGUGUGGGUGAUCCUUCACUUGUGGUAGCUAACUGUCACGUCACCGCAAGGACACCCGAGAGGACAGCAAAGCUUCGAGAAAAUACUUUACUGUCUCCUGAGAAACCCCCAAACCCCCAACCACUAUCAUCCAAUGCAUCUAAAUCCAAUAACUCCACACAUAGCAACAGCAAAUCCAUCGGGAGAACAUCACCGACACCGGCAUCAAAAAACAGAGAGAAAGAGAAAUGGCAGAGUCCCCCCGAAAUGCAGAAGAAUCCCAGACACGGUCCUAAGGCACCAGGGAUUGACUCCGAGAAAGACUACUCCCCUCAGUCAAACGGGAGACUCAAGCCGACUGACAAAUCGCCAAAAACAAACUCCCCUUCCAAGACCAAGGGCCUUAGUUUUAAAAGUAGAAGUAGUAAGGUGCAAGACCAGUCAAUUACAAAACCCUCAAGGCCUGAGAGUCCCGUACAGAAGAAAACCUCAGUAUCCCCGGUUCAGUCUCCCAAAAUCCAGGCCAAGAGAGUGUCCAUAACAGGCAGCAAAAUGAUGGACAAAAGCACUCCAGCUUCUCCCAGGCUCCUCAACCAUAGAUAUAGUCAGGUUUUGAAUGAAACAGGUGCCCCCAUGAUAGAACCUCCAAAUUUCUGUUUGAGUUACAUGCCCAGUAGUCCACUCACAGACCCGAAGAAAGGAUCCAAGGCCAACAAGGCAAAGACAGAGAUCAGUACUGGCCAAGAGGAGCCUGGUUUGAGAUCCAAAGAGAGACCUGCAGUGAUUGCUACUCAGAGGAGCUUCAUUGAAGUGCGGCUGUCAUCCUCAUCCUUGCCCUCAUCCAUGGCAUCCACACCCGUUUUGGGGAGAAAAGAAAUGCAAGAGAAAACUGCCAGUUCCCACUACAUUUCAGGAUCAUGUCCACUAAGUGCACAAAGCCUGGCAGAGCUGUCGAGCCCACCUCAAAAUGGUGAAACAUUCAGUUCACUCUCAAGUGAUGAAGCUGGAGAUGCAAGUGCUUUGGCAGAUACACAGCAAGCCUUGGUAAAUGAUGGCCAAAAUGACCAUGUCCAAAAUAAUCACUGUAUCAAGGAGACGGACGACUUGGAAGCCAGCAGGUUAAAAUUGCGCCUUUUGAAGAUGGAUCGUCGGAGUUACUCCACAGAUACCAGCGCACCCUCAGUCAGCAACCUAUUCUCUGUCCGGCAGCGAAUCAAGUCCUUUGAGAACCUGGCUGGCUGUGAUAGGCCGGUCAUCAGGUGCAUCGAUAUCCAAUCCUAUGCCAUCACGUCCAAACCCCCGCUGAGCAGGAGGUCCUCAGGCUACGUCACCUCGGGGAACUCCCCCUCGACCGACUACCGCUCCUUGAGGCGGAGCCUAAGCUCGUGUGCUGAUAAUCUGAGCGACAUUCUUCCGCCUGCAUCUCAACUGAUGAAGGUUCCCUCUCGUGAGGCUUCAGUGACCUCUGACCUCUCGGGUGGUGGUCUGGAUUCCCACGCGGAGGUGAAACCUGCUCCCGCCCAAUCGGAACCUCAGCCAGGCCUCCCACCCCAGACUCCCCCCACGUUACGGAGCAGGACCGGGCGCGGUCGCUCGGGACUGUCCCGAUCGCGCCUUCGGGAGCUCCGCGCACUGAGCAUGCCCGACCUCGACAAGCUUUGCACUGAGGACUUCGCCAAGAUGGCGGGUGGCGGUGCCGCCACUUUUAAGACGGAGCUGGAGAUCCGGCCCAGUACGUCUGCUGGGAACCCUCCGGAGAACACCCCGUGUUUGAGCUCCAUGGCCCCUGGGGCGUCAGACCUCCCCAGGCCCAGCAGGAGUGGGACAUCUGGGGAAGACUUUCUCCAGAGCACGGCAGCUGAGCAGCAAUCUCCUAACAGCAGCUGGUCUCUCAGUUUGAGUGAGCUGGUCCUCUCCCCCUCGGAGCAGAGCAGACUGCAGAGGGCCCUGUCCUCCCUGAACGAUAAAGCAGACGUGUGCGCCCUGAUACAGGAAGCAACAGCUUUGUCUGAGGGUAAAGAAGACGUCCACUUUGUGGUCCUAACUAAAGAAGAAGGGUCUGGCUUGGGCUUCAGCAUUGCUGGAGGGGUGGACUUGGAGCAAAAAUCUAUAACCGUCCACCGGGUGUUUUCCAGAGGGGUGGCCGGAAUGGAAGGUACCAUUCAGCGGGGGGACAGCAUAGUGUGUAUUAACGGCUCCAGUCUGGGGGGUGCCACCCACGGAGAGGCUCUCUCCUGCCUGCACCGCGCCCGGCUGCCCCCCCACGCCCUGGUGAUCAUCCGCAGGGGGAAGGACAGCGAGCCCGCGGCCCACAGACAGGAAGUCUCCACCCGAACAGGAAGUCGACACGCAGGCUCCAGGGAUGUCACCGUGGAGACUGGAGCAGUGGUGGAGGUGGGCCCUGACGGCGCUCUGAGCGUGGAGCUGCAGAAGACCUCGGCGGGUUUGGGCUUCAGCCUGGACGGGGGCAGGGCCUCAGCCCAGGGCGACAGGCCGCUCAGCAUCAAACGCGUGUUUAAAGGCGGUGCUGCCGAGCUCUCGCGGGUCAUUGACGUCGGAGAUGAAGUUCUUGUCAUCAACGGGCAGUCCCUGCAGGGUCUCACGCACUACGAUGCCUGGAACAUAAUCAAGGCUGUCUCUGACGGUCCGGUCCAACUGGUGGUCAGGAAGCCCAGGACUUCUGUAUGACCGCAGGACCGCUGCCUGAUAUUUGUCAUCACUAUAAAGCUGAACUGGGGUCCCGCCUGUGCCAGAAAACAGGACCCAACUGUGUGCUGUGUAUAUAAGAGAUGGACUAUUAUUUUCAUUUUUUUAUACUUAUAUAACCUCUAAAUGGUUAUAUUUGCGAUAUUAAUAUUUGUAUUCCUGUGUACAGGUUCGUACACAUGGUCUAUGGCACUAGUACUGUUGUACAUAA